GAUUUGAUUUGGAGCAUAAUAUCAGAUAGGAAAGAUGGGUUUCAAAAGCUUGUCUUUUCUUUGCUUGGCUCUCUUCCUUACAGUUUCUUCUUCCAUUCAUGCAUUUGACAUCCAAAAAUUGCUAGAUAGAACCCCUGAGUUUUCCACCUUCAACAAAUACCUCAACGAAACCAAGCUUGUUGGCCAAAUCAACCGUCGUAAUACCAUCACCGUCUUCGCCCUUGAUAACGGCGCCAUGUCUUCUGUAUCCGACAAAAUGCCAGAAGCUAUCAGGGCUAUCAUGGCCACCCACGUGCUCCUCGACUAUUACGAUCCAACAAAGCUCAUUGGAGCUAUGCAUAAGCGCGAACCCUUGACCACCCUUUACCAAUCCUCAGGCAUCGCCGUGGACCAACAAGGGUACCUUAAGGUUAAUCGCACUAGUGACGGUGAUUUGGCCAUUGGAUCUGCUGUGAGUGGUGCUCCAAUCGACGUUAAGCUAGUGAAAGUUGUUUUCGCCCAGCCCUACAACAUCACCAUAAUCCAAGUCGCGAAACCUAUCAUGUUCCCUGGACUUGAAACACAAACCUUGGGUGCACCAUCUAAUGGAAGCGCUCCAGCAGCCGAAACGAAUGUAGAUGUUUCUUCGGUUUUUAAAGCACCGCCGGCAAAGGCAAAGAAUGCAAGCGCUCCUUCGGCUGCUGAAGAGCCCAUCACAGAAGUUUCAGAUUCUCCUUCACCUUCUGAUGAGCCCAGCGAAUCUCCCGUUGAAGCCCCUGCAAAAAGCCCAUCUUUGGCUCCUGGUCCAGGUGGUGAUGAGGCUGCUGCCGAUGCUGCACCUACUAGCAGCUCUUCAAGGAUUGUUGUAGGUUUUGUUGGAGCUGUGAUGUGCUUCUCUUCUCUCUUGGUCGUUAUGUAAUGUAGAGUGAUAUGUGCAGAAAACAUAAUGUUUAAGAGUGUAUACAUUUUAAUUAUAAUACAUGAAGAUGAAGGUUUUUUGAAA